UCACUUUCAAACUCACAAAACACAAUCUCUUCUCUUGGGUUCUCAUAUUGUGAAUUAAUUGUUUUGUUCCACAAAAAAAUGUCUCUCAUAAAAAUAUUAUUAUUUUCUAUAUUUGCUCUCUGUUUAAUAUCUACACAAGCAGCAAGGUUCGACAUAGUAAACCGAUGCUCCUACACCGUGUGGCCAGCAGGCAUUCCCAGGGGUGGCGGUCGGCAGUUGACCUCGGGCCAAACAUGGGCCCUAGACGUCCCAGCUGGAACCUCAGCUGCCAGAAUUUGGGGCCGAACCGGUUGCAGAUUUGACGGUUCAGGCCGUGGUAGUUGUCAAACCGGUGAUUGUGGUGGAGCCCUCAGUUGCAGCGUAUCCGGUAGACCUCCGACCACACUUGCCGAAUACACACUUAACGGUGGAAACAAUUUGGAUUACUUUGAUAUAUCCGUGAUUGACGGUUUCAACAUUCCAAUGGAAUUUAGUUCAACUUCUAAUGGAUGCAACAAAGUACUAACCUGCAGGGAUUCUAAUUGCCCUGAUGCUUAUCAUCAACCCAAUGAUGUUAAAACUGUUACAUGCCCUGGUGGUACCAACUAUAGAAUCGUCUUUUGCCCUUGAAAUCGUUGAACCUAGUGUAUUCUGUUUAAUUACUAAAUAAAACUAAAUACUAUAUGUAAUAUUGUGUCUGCACAUUAAUUGUGUAGGAUGCAAAAUAAUACUAUGUUGCUUAGUUUACUCGAGAAAUUAUAAAUAAAAUGAUCGAGAAAGCAAUAUGGAAUAAAUUGCCUUACUUAUGUGCAUCAUAGCAUUAUCUUGAUCUA